GAAAAUUCAAGAAAGGCAGCAAAAAAAAUACAAGAAAAAAAAAAAAAAUCAAGAAGGAAAAAAAAGAAAGAAAGAACAAACACAUCAAACGUUGAAAUAAUACGAUGAGUCACUCGUACUGCGAAAUUGAUGUAUUUGUAUAGUGAGGAACAUGUGAAAGAUCCAAAAUUUGGAGGUGGAUUCGUAAUUCCCAGAUCUCUCUCUACACUUCACUGCUCUCUCUCACUGCUCUCUCUCUCUCUCUCUCUCCGAAAGAUCCGAUCAUCAUCAACUGUUUUCUGAAGAAACUAUAUCAUUAAACACACAUCGACGUUACAAAUUCAAUUGCCAAAAUUAAGGAUUUUGAUUGUUUGUGACUGCUCAGUUCAACAAACACUGCAAUAACAAUUCUUUGUUGAGAGAAGAGAGUUGAUGUUAUCUCUGGCAUUCACUCUAAUAAGAUGUUUGGUGGGAGAAGUCACAUACUCAAAGGCAGUGUAUCACUUGCCUUGGUUAUCCUCAUUCUUCUUGUUGUAAUUCUCCUUGUUUCCGAGAAAAACCCUUUUCCUACUUCGUCUCUCUUUGACAUAAAAAGUCAGUUUUCACCUUCUUCUUCUUCUUCAGUUUGUAACUUUGCGAAAGGGAGAUGGGUAAAAGACAGGAAGAGACCAUUGUAUUCUGGUUUUGAAUGUAAACAGUGGUUAUCAACCAUGUGGGCUUGUAGAAUAAUGGGCAGACCUGAUUUUUCAUUUGAGGGUUACCGGUGGCAGCCUCAAGGUUGCAACAUGCCACACUUUGACAGAUUCACUUUCUUGAGAAGAAUGCAGAACAAGACGAUAGCAUUUAUAGGAGACUCAUUGGGACGGCAACAGUUUCAGUCCCUAAUGUGUAUGGCCAGCGGUGGUAAAGAUAGCCCAGAUGUUCAAAAUGUGGGGUGGGAGUACGGUUUGGUGAAAGCCAAAGGAGCACUCCGUCCUGAUGGUUGGGCUUAUCGGUUCCCGACAACAAACACGACGAUCUUGUAUUACUGGUCAGCUAGUUUAUCAGAUUUGGUACCGAUGAACAACACAGAUCCACCUCGUCUUACUGCAAUGCAUUUGGACCGUCCACCAGCAUUCAUGAGAAACUACCUUCACCGUUUCGAUGUAUUGGUUCUAAACACCGGUCACCAUUGGAACAGAGGUAAGAUCGAAGGAAACCAUUGGGUGAUGCACGUUAAUGGAACACGGGUCAAAGGUGAAUACCUCAAGGAUAUCAGAAACGCCAAGGAUUUUACAAUACACAGCGUUGUGAAGUGGCUAGAUGCACAGCUUCCGUUGCAUCCACGGUUGAAAGCUUUCUUUAGAACGAUAUCUCCGAGACAUUUUAAAAACGGAGAUUGGAAUACAGGGGGAAACUGUAACAACACAGUCCCUUUAUCUAGAGGAGGCGAAAUCACAGGCGAUGAUGGAUCCAUUGAUACGACAGUUGAGAGUGCUGUGAAUGGGACUAGGAUAAAGAUUCUUGACAUAACUGCACUUUCUGAAUUAAGAGAUGAAGCUCACAUCUCAGGGUCAAAACUCAAACCUAGAAAACCAAAGAAGGCGAGUAGUAACGUGACUACAACUCCAGUUAUCAACGAUUGCUUGCAUUGGUGCUUACCUGGGAUCCCUGAUACUUGGAAUGAACUUUUCAUUGCCCAGAUUUGA